AUGCAGCGUUCGGCAACCACUCCGACGCAGUCGGCCGCCCCUUUCUUUUCGACCCUCUUUGGCGGCGGCGGCGGCACCGACAACACCAAAAACCCGAACCCAAACCCCCCGCUUUCCCCCACCAGCAAAACAGCCCAGCGGCCGACGAGCCCGGCCGAGGAGGUUUCCGGUGGUAGCCCCCGGCAGCCAAAGACGCUAACCAAGGACCGCAAACCUUCGUUUGGCCGCAAGUCGUCCUUUGUUUUCUUGUCGUCGCCCAGCAAGAAGGCCAAACGCCGCCGUGCCGACUCGGGCACCUCGAAUCCCGGGCCACCACCUGAUGGCGGCGGAAUUGCUAUACCCAACCUUGCCCACCGCCGCCCGUCUACGACCCAGUUGCAUUCCGAAGACUCCGUCCCACCGCUCCCCGACCCCUCGCCCAAGACUACCGACGGCCUCACGAAGAUGCUCAGCCGCGGCGCCGCGACGCCGAUACCCGGCUACAACGCCAGCGGUUCGGGAUCUAUGCUCAGUGGUAGUGGCAUGGGGACAGCAGGGCGCCACGAAGGGCGCAUCUACUGGUUCAACACGCUCCUCUUCGACAAGCCCGACCUCCUACGCAUGCCCUACUUCGACGCGCGCAAGCUCGGCCGGCGCGCGACCAACUACCUCCUGCUCGGCAUCUCGCUACCCGCCGUGAUCGACCUCAACUCGCACACGCCCGUCGAAUUCCUCCGCUCGCUCAACACGCUCCUCGCCGAGUUCGACGCCUUCCAACAAAUCCACACCGAGACCGGCAUCGCGGCCACGUCCCUCACACGCACGCGCAUCCCGCAAAUGUUCCGCCGCGCCGCCGCCCCCCAACAACCCGGGCGCGGGCGGCCCCACCACCGCCACCACCCCCGGCACCCACCAACCCCCAACCCCAACAACCCCACCCCCACCCCCACCGUCCCGGGGACAGCAGUCGCAACCGCCGACGCCGCAGCGGGGGGCGUGAUGGCGUUCGGCGCGUCCGAGGUCGACCUGCUGCCGGGGGAGGAGUACACGUACCUGCUCACGCCGACGCUGCCCUUCGACCCGGACUUCUUCGAGACCUUUGCCACGCUGUGCGACGUGCUGAUCGACACGUACUCGCGGCUGCUGAGCCUGGUGCCUACGGCGCGGGACUGCGGGGGCGCGGUGGCCGAGCUGUUUACCAAGGCGGAUGGGCGCAUCAGGAAGUUGUUUCUUCAGGCGGCGGUGAGGGAGUUUGAGGAUGGGGCGAGGGCGGGGGGGAGGGCCGAGGUGGCUAGUGUGGGGAGGGUGGUGUUGAAUGAGGGUGGUGAGAUGAGGGUGGUGAGGGCGAGGGUGGUGAGGCGCGGAGGGAAGGACGAGGAGUGGUUGUUUGAGGAAUGCAACGCUGGAGUGACCCGAAGUGGAAGCAUCAUCAGCGAAUGGUUUGGUGGGUGGCGUUUGGACGGCGGGGGUUUUCUGGGUAUGGAAAGAAAGAUAUCCUCAUUGCAUAGCGGAACGGAUGAUGGAAAUGUCGUUGGUAUUCACUCGACGAUGAUUAGAGUUUGA